AUGGAUUUAAUUUCGAAUCAAGGACCAUUAAGUCAAAUUUGGUUAGCUGCAAAUUAUGAUAGAAAAUUAACAAAACAACAAUUGUUAAAUACAAAUUUAAUUAAAUCCACAAAAUAUAUUGAAGAUCAUCCAAUUGAAUCUACGGAAAAUUCAUCAAUAACGUUAAGAUUAUCAGGACAAUUAUUAUUGGGUAUAGUUAAAAUAUACUCAAGGAAAACUAAAUACUUGCUAGAAGAUGUCAACGACAUCUUAUAUAAGUUAAAAAACUCAUUUAAAUUAGCAAUGAAAACAAAUUCAGAUCAAGCAGUUAAUUUAUUACCACAACAAACAACGAUAAAUUUAAAUCAAGUGAUAUUAAAGGAUCAAAUUACAUCAUUGGAUUUAUUACAUCAAGAAGAUUUAAAUUUAGAUGAUGAACAAGUACCAACUUCGAAUUUAGGUGGUAUAUUUUCACAAGUUAGUCAAAAUAAUGAUAUUACAUUUGAUCAAUCAAUGGAAUUUCCAAGAUAUGAAGAAGAAGAAAAUUAUAUUAUAGAUAAUGAUUUUGAAUUGGAUUUUGAUUUAGAUGUUGAACAAGGUAGAAGAGAUGAUUCAAUGAUUGAUGAAAGGGAACAAUCAGUGAUAGAUAUACGACAAAAAGAAAGUACAAUAUUUGAUAUUGAUUUUGGUGAACCAUUGGAUGUUAUUGAACCAGAACAAGAACCAGAACAACCACAACCACAACCACAACCACAACCGCAAAAAAGAAAAAGAAAUAGAAAUGAAAUUGUCACUAAUUAUAGAAGAUUAAUAGUAGACACUGAAAUUGAUCUAAGUGUACAAGAAUUAAGAGACAAUCAAGAAAGAUUAAUAAAUAAUAAUGAACCAAUGAUUACCAUUUCACUUUCAGAUGAAGAGAAAUUACAAUUACUUAUGGAAUUAUCCUCUUCAAAAAGGAGAAAGUUGUUCAAUAUAAAUGAUGAAUUAACGUCUAGAUGUUUGGAAAUAGCACAAGAAGAAGAACAACCAGAACCUGAGUUUGAAAGUUUUGAUCAAGAUUUUGAUCAAUCUAUGGAUUUUGAUUUACCAGGUAUGGAACAAGAAGAACAAGAACAACAAGAAGAAGAAGAACUUGUUGAAGAAUCAGAAGAAGUUGAUAAAAAUCAAGCAACUAUACAAGUUGCUGAAAAUUUAACAAAUAUAUUUAAAUCAAAACAAGAAACAAAUAUGAUAGGAUUAAUUGAACAAGAUAAACAACAAAUAAAUCCAUUAGGUUCAAAGCAUAAUAUGAUAAAUAAAAAGAGCCAAGCAUCCAAAUGUUUCUUUGAAUUAUUAGUUUUAGCUACAAACGAUUGUAUAACAUUGGAUAAUGAUAUUAUUAAACCAAGGGACAAAUUGUAUAAUUUUAUAUAA